GUAUAUAAGACGGGUCGCGAGAAUUCAUCACUCAGUUUACUUCACACAGCCGACAGGUUACAAUCAGAAUGAAACUGCUGUUGUCACUGGCUGGCGUCACCCUCCUGGCUUCCUUGAGCCAGGCUGGUGGACACGGAGGACACGGUGGCGGCUAUGGAGGACAUGGUGGAGGCUAUGGUGGCGGCUAUGGAGGACAUGGUGGAGGCUACGGAGGUGUUGGUGGAAGAUCCAAUAACAACUACAACAUCGCAGGCCUCCAUGGUGGUGGAUAUGGCUAUGGUGGCGGACACGGAGGACAUGGUGGCGGCUAUGGUGGCGGCUAUGGUGGCGGCCACGGAUACAGAAAAUAAACAACCUGUUAACGAAGAAAACAAAACAGCAACGAAACACGACCGCAGGAAUGCAAUGAAUUUUACCAUAGAAAUAACACAGCAGCCGGGCGACGUUAACAACGCACCCAGCUCCAAGAUUAUUAAUAAUUUUUAUAAUAAAAAAUACAAAUAAAAUCUUAGAAUAAACAAA